AUGUGUACCCUGCCCCUGGCGCCUGGGAUCCAUUGGAAGCAGAGUUAUGUCCCUACAACCUGGGCUAAACGCAACAUCUCGGCCGUGCGUCGCGACAUCGCAACCUACGCAGAAUGGCCGACCAACAGUUCGAACCCUAAGCUCGCGGUUCGGGGUAUAUUCUUUGAUGAGACGCCCCAACAGUAUGAUGCCGAUGCGUUGUCAUAUUUGCAAGAGCUCACCUCAUUCGUGAAAGGCCUUUCUGGUCUUGGUCCAGACAACUUUGUAUGUGUGACCCUUCUCUUUCACCCCUCUGUAAUUUGUAUUACCGCUCGGUAUUCAUGGUAA